AUGGACGCGUCAGGGGUCUUGAGGGACAUCAACAGGGAUGUGUCAAAUAACCCGGUGACCAUCUUCGGGAGGGUGCGGACGCUCAUGAACGAGCUGGGGGCCAACUUCAGGGAGAGGGACAUCGACGUGGACCCGGAGGGGUACCUGAUGCAGCUCGUCCUGACGGAGCUUACCGGCCAGCCGACGGUGCCAUACGUCUUCGUCAACGGCCAGUUCAUCGGGGGUGCGGAUGACACUCUCGCGCUGGCUGCAAGUGGUGAGCUGCUGCGUCUGCUGCGCGAAGCAAAUGCUCUGUGA